ACAUGGAUGCAUAUUCACUUGUAUUGCUGACAUGUAAUACCCCAUUUCUCCUGAAGUGGCCACUGCAGGGAAACUGAGCGGCCACAUUGUGCUUCCCCUAGAGAUCACCAGAGAUUAGAGAAGCUGCACCCACAUCCAUCAGUAGAUUGUGGAUGUGACUUCAAUCUGAAAUGAAGUUGUCAUACUUUGAAAAUAUCCAACUGAUUUACUCAAAUGUGCCAUCAUGGAAAAAAGUUAGACCUCCCAGUUAAACAUGACACGAACAAUCACAUUGCUGCUGAUAUCCCUAGGUGUGCUCCUUGCUCUGGUAACAGCAAAAUCAAUACCUGACUGUACAGAUGGCAAAGUAUAUACUCCUUGUAGGGCCGCCUGUCGACCAACCUGCGAUAACCCUGAUCCUGCAUGCAAUUUUAUGUGUGUUCCAGGUUGUUUAUGCCCAAAUGGCACUGUAGAAAAUAUCUGGGGUGAAUGUGUGGAAAAGGAUAAGUGCAGACUCUGCAGCGGGAACACAACAUAUUCCAAUUGUGCCAAUAACUGCAUCGGUGUUGUAUCUCCCCCACAAUGCCUUAGAAUAGCCUGUAUGCAAGGCUGUGCAUGUAAACCCAACUACGCGCUCCUACCUGACAGAAAGAGAUGUGUCCUUCCACAGGAUCUUCCACAGGAGGGCUCCAACAAGUAAACCAUCCCAUGUGUGUCUUAUUAGCAAUCAUCAAAAUUGAAAGUGACCUCGUCCUAUUAUAUAGAGAUGUGUCUGAUGAAAAUAAAAUGAUUUCUGACAUUGUUCUU